AUGCCCGAGUCCGAGCGACCUGCAUCCUCCGAGCCACAGAGUAGUGUCGAUGCUCCCUGCCCUCCUGAGGUAGCGGUUCCGGUGGCGGCUGCUGACGCCCCUCCGGCCUCCGACGCGGCUUCUCCCGAGUCGGAUCGUCAGUCGGGCGAGUUGGCGCCGUCUUCCGACCCGACUUCGUUGUCACAACAAGUGGAGCCGCAACAACUUCCUGCUUCGCUGCCCCACACAUAUGACAGCGGACCUGCUCCGCUUCCUUCCAACUUUGCAGCUUCGGACCUUCCUGCUCACGUUUCGCAUCCAUGUAGUCCAUGUUUGCCGGAUGCUAGUGUAGGUGUCGACCAGUCCGUUUCGUCGGAAGGUUCCCCCGCGACCCCGGAUCCCGAAUGUGGACCGGCGCGGGUGGUGUCGGAUACAGAACUUGACCCUCCUACGUCACCGGCGGCUGAAGCCUCCUUGCCCGUCAGCCGACACAAGUUACGCGUUCAGCCGAACGUCAAUGCUGUUCGUAAAAAACCGAAGCGUAAGGGAUCCGCGGAACGGGGUAGCAGUCCCCCUCUCUCGGAUGACUCCGUCUUCCCUGCUAUGGACUGUGACGUUGGUGCGUCGGUGUAG